GAAAGUAUAGCGAUUGUUGAACUGGAACCUUCCGUUGCUUUGCGUUGUAAGGAGAGCACCUCCUUGCCUGUGGAGGUCAAAAAUGACAGACCCGUCUCCUGCUAAUGGAGAAGAGAAGGACCCUGAAAUUGAGCUCUUUGUAAAGGCUGGAGUAGAUGGAGAAAGCAUUGGGAACUGUCCUUUCUCACAGCGUCUCUUCAUGAUCCUUUGGCUCAAAGGAGUUGUGUUCAAUGUUACCACAGUUGACCUGAAAAGAAAACCAGCUGACUUACAUAAUUUAGCUCCUGGGACCCACCCACCAUUCCUGACUUUUAAUGGGGACGUCAAGACAGAUAUCAACAAAAUUGAGGAAUUUUUGGAGGAAACCCUUUCACCUCCAAAGUAUCCCAAGCUUGCUGCCAAGCACCGUGAAUCGAACACUGCAGGCAUAGAUAUCUUCUCCAAAUUCUCUGCAUUUAUAAAAAAUACUAAGCAGCAGGACAAUAACAGUCUGGAGAGAGGUUUAACAAAGGCUUUAAAGAAGCUGGAUGACUAUUUGCGAAAUCCUCUACCUGAAGAGAUAGAUGCAAGUAGCACAGAGGAGGAGAAGGCUUCGAAACGCACGUUUCUGGAUGGGGAUGAGCUGACCCUAGCUGACUGCAACCUUCUACCCAAGCUUCAUGUUGUCAAGAUUGUAACAAAGAAAUAUCGAAACUAUGAGUUCCCAGCAGAGAUGACAGGACUUUGGCGAUACCUGAAAAAUGCAUAUGUUCGAGAUGAAUUCAUUAACACUUGUGCUGCUGACAAAGAAAUUGAAUUAGCAUAUGCAGAUGUAGCCAAACGGCUUAGCAAAUCCUAAUCAAGACCUGCAAGAACCAUUUUCUCCAGAUAAUUCCUGUUUCUCAGAUGCUUCUCUGCAAUGCCUUCGUAUAUAUAAUAUGAAUGGAUGUAAUAUACAUUAUGAUUUCUGGAUGACAUCUUUGGGUGGUAUCCAAUGAAUUCCUCCCUCUGAAGGAAUUGCUUCCAUUAGUGGAAUGGGGAGAGGGGUGAUUCCCCGUCCUCCCCCAUAGCCCUAUGCACAGACUCUCAAAAUUUGCUCUGGAGGGUCGUGGUACUUUCCAGAGCAGAGUUUGAGUAGUAGCGGGGGUGGGCUGCAGGGGAGGGAGGAUAAGAAGAGAAAUCCCCAUUGCACAAGUAGAUGGCUGCUCGCAUGAAAUUAGAUUUCAAUUUCCUUUAUUAUGUUGGCUGGACUGUUAGAAAAUGUAAGAUUGCAAUGUACAGAAGAAAACAUUUCUGAAUUCUUUACCAACAAGUUGGAAGAAAUAUUAUAAUUUAAGUCCAGUGUUUUGAAACAAUUUGCUUUGAUUAACAGACAGCUGUUGAUGAUACAUUCUUUACAUAGAAAUUUCAAUAUACAGUAGAAUAUGAAUGUUUCAAAACUUUUUUGUUGGACCCUCGAUGUGACCUGUUUUAGUAAGGUGGAA